AUGGUGAACGUGAAAAAAGGGGUUCUGGUGACUUGCGACCCAGCAAUGCGUCAAUUACUCAUUCAUCUCGACGAAUCACGACAACUCGGCUCCAAAUUCAUUGUCAAGGUUUUUUUUUGUUUUUAUAUUGUGAAUUUCUAAUGCCUUGCUUAGAAAAAGUGUCUAGGCGUGCUCAAAAAAAUGAUAAAAUCCACAAUUGACACUUUUAAAAUCCGUUCUACUUUUUCGAAAUAUAAAAUGCUUAAAAAUGAAUUAAUUUUUCAUUUGAAGGAGCUAGACGAGACGCACUUGUUCAUCGACAAAGAAAUCUUGAGGAUUCUGGAGGAGAAGCUGGAUCAGCUCAUGGAGCAAAUGAACCCCGAGCUGAGCGAUAAAUAA